AUCUUUCGAAAAAGAAGAGAAAGAAACUUGAUGAGUUAUAAGAUGACAGACAAAUUAGAGGAAAAGCAAAAAUAGUAUCUGCCGAAAGACUAGCCACGUCGAUAUGGCAUUGAAGCACAUAUCGCAUUGGCAGGGGUAGUAAGAGGGUAAAAGUGUUACGCCGGCGCAAUAGCGUAUGUAUCGAUUUUGGAAGCAAAGCUGCCCCCAUGCAGCCCAACAUCGAUUCGACCGCGAAGGAUACCGGUUUGGCAGUUGAUCGGAGAGUCCAUGUAGAAGUGACGAAAAAAGAGAAUAACGAUUGCUCCAUGGUGGAUAGACUUUGCGAUCUUGUAUUUUGUUCGGUGAACGUGUUCCAUUGGUAACUAAAAUUACGCUCUAUCGCGAAAGCGUUUCCGAGCGUGAAAGCAAAUAAGAAGAAUCAUGCAGAACUAUGGACACGAAGAUUACUAUGGAGCGUCGAAUGAUGCGUCCGAUGUGCAACCAACGAGUAAGACUCUCCCUCAAGUUCCGGGCGUAAGACCGAUAGUAGAUCCGCAAGCCGAGGGUGAGGUCGAUCCCACUAUAUAUCCUCAACCGAAGGAAGCCACGCAUAAGAUACGCGGUAAGAGCGAUAUCUUGGAGUAUCUCUUCGGUUCCGUCGAUCAAGAACUUCUCACCGUAAAGACUUUCUACUUCUUCUUCUACUCGGCCUUUGGUUCCCUAUUUCCGCUUAUGGGAGUAUAUUUUAAGCAAAUGGGUAUGAAUGCUGGACAGUGUGGUCUUCUCAUCGGUCUCAGGCCAUUCAUUGAGUUUCUCAGCGCUCCUUUUUGGGGGUCCUUGGCCGAUAGAUGGCAAAAAGGCAAACUUAUUCUAUUAGCUUCUCUUUCUUGCUGGAUUAUUUUCACUCUACCAUUGGGUUUCAUUCAGCCACCUCCAACUUCCUGCAUGGUUAGAACAAAUGAUACUUAUUAUCUGGAAGCAUCCAACAGAGAACAAAGAAUUGUAAAAAGAUCAACCGACCUAGAUGAAUUAUAUUAUCCCGAAAAUAAAGAAGAGUAUCUGGAGGUUGCAUCUAAUGUCGUCUUUGAAAGAUUACGACGAAGUACAGACGAUAAUGAAAUAUUAGAUUAUAUGAACAAACCAAGUUCUCUGAAAGAAACUAAUCUGUUUGAAACACCUUUUGACAUCGUGAAAAAUGAUAUUACAAAUUUCGAUAAUAGUGAUUCUAUUGAAUACGAUUUAGAAAACAACAGAGUCAAGAGACAAACAUCUUUCACGAAUAAGAAUAACAUCGAAAAUCUGAGAUAUUUAAUACAUGAAGAUAAUGUCGAUUCAGAUUCAAAGAUAAUCAAUUUGGAAUCAUUGGAAAAGAAAAAUCGUCCAGCCGAUGUCUUAGAAUAUAAGCGUUUUAUGAAGAAUGAACGAAUAAGUGAUAGAGCAAUCCCAAAGAAAGCUCAAGUUCAUAUUAAGACACGUGUUAAACCACCACCGGAAAAAAUAAUGGUAAAACGAGACGUAGAAAAAAAGCUAACAUUUUUGAAUGAAGAUGAGGAUAUCAAAAUUGAUGAUGAUGAAGAAGAAACUAAAAGAAAUAUGGACAUGUCAUUAAUGAGAAGUCGCAGAAGCAUAAGAACGCUUCAUGGCACCAUCUUUGGACAAAAUCAAUUGUCUCCUUUAUCGAUUACUUAUGCUACAAAUUAUAAUGAAAAAGAACAUAAAGGAUGGGUGAAACCACUCUUUAGUUCCAUAGUCUAUAGAUUACCGGAUAUUCAAAAAACUUUCUUUCUUCUACUACUGUUGGUAGUAGUCGGAGAAUUUUUUUCUGCGCCUGCUAUAACUUUAGCCGAUUCAGCAGUUAUCACUUUACUUGGUGAAGAUGCUGAUAGAUAUGGUCAUCAACGCAUGUUUGGAAGUCUUGGAUGGGGUUUAGCCAUGUUCUUUGUUGGAAUUGCUCUUGAUCAUAGUACCGCAUUUCCGGAUCAUCCUUGUAAGCCUGAUGACAGAGAAAAAAAUUAUACAAUUUGUUUUGCAAUAUUCAGCGUUUUAAUGGGUGCCGCGUUAAUAACAGCAACGCAAAUUAAUUUCAAGUAUGAUUUUGCGUCUGCUGAGUAUUCGCAAGAAGUGAUGGGUCCAGCUGAGCCAACGCAAGAAGAAAAGCUUCAAAGUCAAUUGUCUCAGCAGCUUAAUCUCCCUGGACUUCAGGACUCUUCCGCUGCUGUGGAUCCUAAACCUCAACCUCCUGAAGGAAAGACUAAAAUGUUUGCACAAACCACAAGAGAAAUACCAGAGUGGGUGACAGUAUUGAAGCAAUUCAAGAAUUUGAAAUGCGCCUCAUUCCUCUUCGUCGCAUGGUUUAUGGGAUUUGGCAUAGGAUUGAUUUUCACUUUCCUCUUCUGGCAUCUUCAAGAUUACGGUGGUUCGCCAACUCUAUUUGGCGUUGCAUCAGUAAUUAAUCACAUUUCCGAAAUCUUCGCAUAUUUUUUCAGUUUCAAACUUAUUCGACAGAUCGGACACGUCAAGGUAUUGUGUUUGGGUCUAGGCGGAAAUAUACUUCGAUUUCUUUACAUAUCUUGGCUAAGAAAUCCAUGGUGGGUAUUGCCUUUCGAAUUUAUUCAGGGUAUUACACAUGCGGCUGUAUGGGCUGCAUGCUGUAGCUACAUCGCCCAUAAUACACCGUCGCAAUUGCGUUCGAGUGCUCAAGGUGUUCUUCAGGGACUUCAUCAUGGGCUUGGAAGGGGAUGUGGUGCAGUAAUUGGUGGCAUGUUUGUUGCAGCUUAUGGUACGACUGCAACUUUCCGAGCGUACGGUCUCAUUUGUAUCGUUGUCCUAGCAGUCUUUGUCUUCAUCAAUUUCUAUAGAAAAGAUACCGGUUUUGUAUCUGAAUUACCUCCAACGGAAGAUCCACAUCAAGUAGCCGAAGCUACUCAUUUGGCACCACAUGGUGUACCAAGUAAUGCCAUACCGAGAGCCCUCAGUUCUACCCGCUUACAUGAACUAGCUAAUCAAGAUACUGGUUACGGUGCUACUUAUCAAACUGCUGGUGGAAAUCUGGCCGUACCCGGUGCUAAUGGAGGUCCUGGCAAUCCAACAAAUCCAUUCUUAAACAGCGGAGGUGGCGGCGAAGGUGGAUAUAAUUACGGUAUGACUGGCAAGGGAGAAGACGAGUAUAUUCGUAGGAGCUUCCAGAUCUACAAUGAAGUGGUGGGUAGGGAAUUCGAUGUCGUAAAACCAACUAUUCAACUGCACGCCCAACAACCAUGCACCAAUCCUUUUCAUCAACACGACUACGACUGGUAACAACUCAAUUUAUCAAUAUAUGAGGUUUGUUACUUAUGAUCAAUACACUAUAAAAUGUGAACAAUGAAGAGAACAUUAUUGAUAAAUUAUAACAUAAAUAAUAAUGUAUACAUACACACACACGAAUUCAUAUACAAAGCACUCGCAUAUAUAUACAUAUAUAAAUAUAUGCACGCGCGCAAAUUACAUAAAUAAUUAAAACACACGUCUUAUUUUCAUAGUAUUAAAGUAUAAUAAUAUAUUUCUUGAUGCAUUUAGGGAAUUUUUCCUAACAAAAUGUUAAUAUAAAAAAAAUCAUUGAUCGCAAUUGUUAUUAUCGCAACGUGUUGUCUGUUAUCUGUAAUAAUUAAACAAAUGUCAGUUUGAUAUAUCUAUAUUUAAAAGCUUUUCCACGAAUAAUUAUAUGAAAAAUUUUAAUAUUUUUUACUUAAAACAUUUGAUUUAGUAUAAAUUUGUUUCCGUAGUCAAUGUACUAUAAAAUCACUCUCCCUCUUUCUCUAUUUUUGUUGCGGUUAGGUUUUAAAAUAUCUUCAAUAUUUUUCAAAUAUUAAAUAUUAGAAAUAUAAAUUUAUUUUAAAAUAAAUAUAAAAUUUUAUUAUUUUUUCCCAACUCUGAAACUUAAUUCGCAAAAUUAUUAAUCAUUAUUCAUAGCUAAAUAAUUGCCAAUAUUCUCGCAAAUAAUUAUUUAUUUUUAAAUUCAACAAGUUUAACGAAAUAUGUCAUUAAAGAUUAAUGUGCUUUUCUACAUUAUAUGCGCGUGUGCAUGUGUUGUAUAUAGAGAUUUGCGAGUAUGCUUAUGUGUAUGUACGAUGCGUAUAUGUACGCAUGAAUACGUGUAUCUCAUCUUUAUGCUGUUAUAAAAUAUGUUGAGAUACGAUGUGAUAAAAUAACAAAUUUAGGGAUGAGCGUACAGAAUGAACCAAUGUUUUUAAUGCCGCAUUCACUAGAUUUAUGAAAUUUUAACAACCUUAUUAUCGUCCUCUGACUCGUAUUUUUUUGUCAAAAUAUUUUACUUAUUGCUUCCUUCUAAUUUUAUAACAGAUGUUCACGAAUUUUAGAGGAUCAGGGAAUUAAAGGUAAGACUAAAUUGAUCCAAUUAAUCGAAAGUGCCUAUCGAAAGUUUCCUGAUGCUCUAUGCGAUAUUAUUUCUAUGUAUAAAACUGUGCGUUCUUUUUUUUAUCUAAUCAUUUGGUUGAUCGAAAAAAAAUGACUGUAUCAAAUUUAUUUUGGAAAAAUGAUUCAAUAUCUCGAAAAUACAUAAAAUGAUAAGAAUCUAAAAAAAUUAAUAUAUAUGACAACAAAUCUCUGUAGUCUGAGAUUUUAUUCGAAUAAAAAACGCCUUUAAAUCGAUAGAAAGUAAAUAAAAGUUUAAGAUACAAGAUUGCAACCGAAAGGCCUGAAAGAUUAAACUUGACGAAUACGUAUCGUAGAUACUGUAAUCAAUUUACUAUUCUCUAUUGGCGAUAAUUUAAAAGAAAACGUGGAUAAAAAAUAAAUUAAUUAAGAACAAUUAUCACUUGUAAAUAUUCUAAGUAUAGAUUCUACUAUAUAUCACAAUUGUUUUCUGUUUUUAAACAGAUUGUUGAUCAUUAUUUCCAAAUGUCCAUCUAAAUUUCUCUUUAGAAUCUAUUGAAUAAUAUCUCUAUCAUAUACUUUUAUUAGAUAUAUCAUAUACUUUUACUAAGAUAUAUAUGUUGUGACAACUGUGUAUAUUGUUGAAAAAAAAAUAUGGAAUUAGUAGUGAAAAAUACACAUACAAACAUACGUACACAUAUGUAAAGAUUGUAACAGAAAAAAAAUUAUUUAUGAAAUCAAUAUUACCUUCCAUAUAAUUCCAUAUAAUCGGAAAUACAAAAAUCAAGUUUUGAUUUACUUCUAUGAGGAAACUGAUUCAAUCAAGGCACACGGUAAAUAAAAAUAUGUAACAUCUCUGUUAAAUUCUGAGAUAAUUACAUACAAAAAAUAUAUGUAAUAAUUUGUAAACCGUACAUUAACCAAUAAUAAAAGGGUUCAUCUAAAACAAAAAAAUAUCAUUAGCAAUUUUGUAAUCUCUCUUGUGAUACUCUAUAUUUGCGACUGAUAAAAUUUUAUAUUCUUUAUUGAAAAAUAAUCUUCUAUUUCUACUAUAUCUUUUCUCCAGAUAUCAUUGAUGGUUAAAGUACGCUUUAUGAAAUAUUAUAAAUAUAUAAUAUCAUAAGUGAUAUUUCUUGUAUCGAUCAUCACGCAUAUAUCGAUGUUUCAUGAACAAUUAAAUUACACACAAUAUUGUAAAAACUGAAACAAAAUGUCUUGUGCAUGUAGCGAUCGAUCCAAGAAAACACUUUAAACACGCAUAUAUAUGCGUGUAUUUGUAUAAAUUAUAUAUAAAAUACCAAUCUCUCUCGCACUCUUAUGUAACGUACGAUAAUUAUCGAUUGUGUAUCUAUAUAUAUAUAUAUAUAUAUAUAUAUAUAUAUAUAUAUAUAUAUAUAUAUAUCAUAUAUGUUAUAGGAAAAUGAUGCUAUAAUAAUUAGACUCGUAUCAUAAAAAUAGAGUCCAAGCAUAUGACUUUUACAUAGACUUCUGGAUAUCUUAUAGCGGGGUUGUUCAUUUUAUGAAUGUUACAUCAUAUAUGAUUUUUUUAUAUAACAUGUUGAUUAUUUUACAUAUUUAACAUAUGUUAUAUUAUUGUUAAUAGGUCGACUUCGACAGUACUAAUAGGUCACAUAGUAUUGUUAGAUUUCUCUGUACCUAAAUAUUAAAUUUGACUGGAUUGAUUUCAGUUGAAAUAAAUUAACUUAUAUUAAGUUGAUGUAACAUAAUCAUCUAAUUGAACUAUUCUCAGAGUAAAUAUUCAUUAUAUAUAACAUUAUAUAUAGAUUUUGCGUUAUAAGAAGAAAUUGUUAAAUAUUUUAAGUAUGUUUUUCUCAAACACUCUUUUAAUAUUUAUCGAAGUAUCAUGUAUUAUAUCCAUUUUUACCCCAUCUCGUCUAAAAGUAUAAAUGCUGUCUCUGGAUGACGUAAAUCAUAUCAUAGUUAAAAUAGACUUUCAAAGAUGUCUCUAAUCGAAAUCAGUUCAAUGUAAUCAUAGAAAUUAUAUAUAUACAUAUAUAAGAGAAACACAAAUAUGUAAAAAAAAUUGUAUUAUUGUAAUCCCUUUUUUAGGGAAAUAGUAGAAAGAGAUAAAUUUUGGAGAAGACGGUAUAAACACAACAAGUACAUAAAAAGAUUUAUAUGUAACAACAUAUCAUAAAAUAUCGUGCGUAGAUCUAAUGUAACAAAUAUCACAUAUGCUUAUAAUUAAGAACAGUUCACUUGCACUAAUAA